GGCGUUACGAGCACACAAACGUAGACGUUCUGGCCACACCGCUCCGCUCCAUGUUGAAAAAUGUCUGGCUGCACCCCGGUUUUGGUUCUUGCCGCCUUCGGUGACAAAGAACGACUCGAGAUGGGCAAAGGGGAGGACGGGUGGCCACUUUUUGCCAUCUUCUUCUCACAACGCGCUCGGCCGCAGAUGGCCGCGGCUUCGGGGAGCGUCUGCGGCGGGACGCCAGUCGGCGCCACCAUCCUCUUCUCCCUCAAGAACGAAGUGGGCGGUCUGGUCAAAGCUCUCGGCACUUUCCAGGAAAAACACCUCAACCUGGUUCACAUCGAGUCGCGCAAGUCCAAGCGCAGGAAUUCCGAUUUUGAGAUCUUGGUGCACUGCGACAGCGAUCACCAUCAGCUCAGAGAGUUGACGCGGCUUCUGGCCCAGCACGCCACCGCCGUGGAGGUCGUGUCCCAGAGCCGCGCCCACGGCGAGGAUGAAGGCCAGACUCCCGACGACCAGCGUGCCAUUCCGUGGUUCCCCAAGAAGAUUUCCGAUCUGGACCUUUGCAAGCAGGUUCUGAUGUACGGCUCCGACUUGGACGCCGACCACCCGGGAUUUAAAGACAGCAUUUACCGCAAAAGAAGGAGCUACUUUGCCGAUUUGGCUCGGAGCUACAAACACGGUGAGCAGAUCCCCCGCGUGGACUACACCCCGGAGGAGGUGCAGACCUGGUCUCGGGUCUUCCGCGAGCUCCACCAACUCUACCCCGGCCACGCCUGCAAGGAGUUCCUGGACAACCUCCCCCUGCUGGCCCAACACUGCAACUACAAGGAAGACAACAUCCCCCAGUUGGAGGACGUCUCGCGCUUCCUCAAAGGGCGCUCGGGGUUCAGCAUUCGUCCAGUGUCUGGCUACUUGACUCCCCGAGAUUUCCUGGCAGGGUUGGCCUUUCGAGUGUUCCACUGCACCCAGUACAUCCGCCACAGCUCCGACCCCUACUACACACCCGAACCGGACGUGUGCCACGAGCUGCUGGGCCACGUGCCGCUGCUGGCCGAGCCGAGCUUCGCGCAGUUCUCGCAGGAGAUGGGUCUGGCGUCGCUGGGCGCCGACGACGACGCCGUUCGCAAACUGGCCACGUGUUACUUCUUCACGGUGGAGUUUGGACUCUGCGAGCAGGACGGAAGACUUCGCGCCUACGGGGCCGGCCUGCUCUCGUCCGCCGGCGAGCUCAAGCACGCGCUGUCAGGCGAGGCCCGCGUGCGCCCGUUCGAUCCUCGGCUGACGUGCGACGAGGAAUGCGUCAUCACCGCCUUCCAGAACGUCUACUUUGUCACCCAAACCUUCGACGACGCCAAGAACAAGAUGAGGGAGUUUGCCAAGCGCAUCGGCCGGCCGUUCUCGGUGCGCUACGACGCGUCCACGCAGAGCGUGGACGUGCUGCAGGACGGCGGCGGCAUCCGAACGCCGGUGCAAGAUCCGCGCCGCCAAGUGGACGAGGUGGACGACGCCCUCAACAGACUCGCCAGGCACAGCGCCGCCGUGUGAGCUCACGUGAGGCUGCUCGCCGUUCAAAAGUUUCAUUGGAGAAAAUUCUCACGAUUUUUUUUUUGGGGGGGGGUUGGACAAUAAAGUUGUAUUCAAUUCAAUUCAAUUCAAUCCAAAAUCUUGAACUGAGAUAGGAUGCUUGUUCACUAAUGUUUUAGCACAAUUCUCCUAACCAAAAAGAUGGGGCCGGGGUGGUGCAUCCCUGUUCCUGAGAGAUUUUUUUUUUCAAAUAAGACAACUUUGAGCUCAUCAUUUUCCAUGAUUUUCUAAAAAAAAAAAAAAUAAUAAUACUCCACUU